CGGAGCUCUGAGCCGGCUCCACCACCACCACCACGGGUCGGGCAACAAUCGGCGCGACCCCUGCGUGGUACGUGCACCGCCUCACCGCCACAAUGUCUCCUUGCUUCAACCACGCGACCCACGUCAUAUUCGACAUGGACGGCCUGCUCCUGGACACGGAGCGGUUGUACACGGGCGUGUACGAGGACGUGUGCAGGCAGUAUGGCAAGCACUACUCGUGGGACGUGAAGGCCCAGGUGAUGGGCAAGAAGGCCCUGGACGUGGCGCGCAUCAUCCAGGACGCGCUGGAGCUGCCGCUCACGCCCGAGCAGCUGAUCGCCGAGUGCCGCGAGCGCCAGGCAAAGAUAUUUCCCGCCGCGGAGCUCCUGCCGGGCGUGGAGAGGCUGAUCAGGCACCUGCACGGGCACGGCGUGCCCAUGGCCGUGGCCACCAGCUCGGCGCGGGCCACCUUCCAGAUGAAGACCACCAACCACGGCGGCCUCUUCUCGCUCUUCCGCCACACGGUGCUGGGCGACGACCCCGAGGUGCGCAGCGGCAAGCCGGCGCCGGACGCCUUCCUGGUGGCCGCUCGCCGCUUCCAGCCGCCCGCCCGGCCCUCGCAGUGUCUGGUGUUCGAGGACGCGCCCAACGGCAUGCGGGCGGCGCUGGCGGCGGGAAUGCAGGUGGUCAUCAUCCCCGACGAGAACUUCGGCCCCGAGGACACGCGCGGCGCGUCGCUCGUGCUGCGCUCGCUCGAGGAGUUUGUGCCCGAGGCGUUCGGCCUCCCCGCGUACGCCGACCGGCGGCCCUGACGACGCGCGGGAGGGCUCGACGCUUCCCCCCGACCUCCCCUCCCACCUCCGAUCGGCGCAAGCGCGACAGACGCGUGGCGCCGAUUGUACAUACGGCAGCUGUCCCACAGAAUGAUCACCAUCGCAGUGGAGUUUACGCGAAUCGUAUUGCCGAUCGGGUCCUCCUCUCCCAGUCGGCAGGAAACCUGUGGCUUUUUCUUCUUCCAUCUCUCACGGCAGUAUUAUUAUUACGAUCUUGGUUCUGAUCCAAAGAGGUAUUGGCCGUACGUUGGCAGGGGAAGCGGGGGGGGGGGGGGGCGCGAUUUGCGUCGACGCGGGCCUCUUAGCGUCUCCGUUGAGUUUGACCGCUGCUUUAGGGCUGCGUAAUUUACUCUCGCCCGGAUCGCGUCCGUGCGUGUGGGGGUGUCACGUUCAUGUAGAUUUCUGUGUGUGUGGUGAACUCACCUGGUUUGUGAAACCUUCCUUUGUACGUUUGAGACCUAUCUGUUUUCUGAGCCAAAGUUGUUUUGGAAUUAUUUCGUGUGUGCGCUCGAUUAGCAUGCUGCAUCACGAACCCAGUGACGGCAAUUAUCUAAACUGGUCCUGGGUCUCCCGUAGGUCGACUCAGCCUCAAAUGAGUACCUGGUGCAGUGUGUAAAUAUCGCCAUUAUGGAGACAAAGGCGGCCGGGCGUGGUGCUGGCCACCCACCCUGUCGUGUGCCGUGCCGGCCUUCAUUAGGUGCUCGCUAACAGCACUUUCCCCAAUAGCCUGUUAAAGCUACACGGGGGAUCUUUGUCUUUGUACAAACACGUGCGUCUCGGUAUGUGUGUUAAAAACCUGUUGGUACAUAGUGUGGCUGUGUGCCCUGUUCUGUGGACACGCAGAAACUGGAACGCACACAUUCUUAAAUAACACAGGAAUGUGAAUACGGCUUCAAAGAAUACAGCGGGACUUGACCAAUCCACACAAUCCACCUUUUGCAUCUCAAGUUGUGGGUUGGUUCCAUGCUUAGUCAGUGUACACUGCCUUUUGUUACUGCCAUGUGAGUACAAUAUGCAAUUUCUAAACUGUUGUUCAUACUUCACCAUGCGUUAGAGUGAAGUAAACAGAUUGACUUCUCUAUCUUCGAUUUAUAUUCGGCUGUCGGCCUCACUUAUUGUGUGCUGACAGGACGCCGUUAUUUCGAGGGAGUGCUUUUACCAAUAUCCUCUGUUCUGCCGGUGGUAUUUAUUUUACCAGGCUGUUGAUGAGACCUAGAAGGUCGAAACCAGGCCAGAGUAUCUUAGAUUAUAAAUUAACGCUGCUGCUGAAUGUCAAGAUAAUCGGCAAGUCAAGUGACAUUUUAAAAACUAUAUUUUAUUCAAUUUAUGUGUGUUUGAGAUCACAGUUGAUGUUAAUAUAACAUGGACGUGUACACUCGUGCACUGAAUUUAAUUUUUUUUAUUAAAUGAGAAUCGGAAAGUUGAUUUGUUGUGAAUGCUGCUUGCCCUCUUAUGGUAAGAAAUAUAUUCCUUGCAUAACUGAUUGUUUUUAUUGCUCAUGAUUUUAACGUGACUGAUGAAGCACAGUCCAGCUAUGAAAUGACUACAGAUUAACAAUUUGCAACACUGAUCACGUCCUGAUGUCUUGCAAAACGGUUAUUAUCCUCAAUGUUGUGAAACUAAAACAGCAUUUUUAUAACCUGUUCUAUAUAUAAGCUGAGGAUUCUACCGUGCUGUAAUGGUUAGCGCACUGGACUUGGAAUCCCCGAAGUUGCUGGCUCGUUGCAAUCUCCCUGCGUGGCAGUUGAAACAAUGGGAGAGCGUUCUCAAUCCCCAGUACCCCCAUCCGCCUGUGUCCAACCAGCAGUAAUUGGUUACACGGAAGUUCAUCGAUUGGCAGGGGGCGUUUGGUGGGGUAAAGCGUGGGUACUCCCCGCCUCUGCUAAGACAACCCGUCGGCUGAGAGAGCGAUUGUAGGGGCUGCGUCUUUGCCGCGUGCAUUGCCGCUUUGCAGUUACGACAACUUUGAUGGGCUCGUUUCUUGGGUGGACAAAGUGUUUCCUCUUCGUCCGAUUCACAGUGAACAUGUGACCUUGUGUGACCUUGUGUGCCUCCUUCGCCGACACUGGCGGCAAGGUGGCCCCGAGGUCCCGAGCCUAGGCCCUCGCUGUCAAGACGCGGAUGUAGCCGCCCUGUUUGCUGCUGGAGUUUGCACGACCAGUAUUUGCCGUUAAAUGGUAGUUGUUUAUCGGCCAGAAGAUUUACAGUGAUUAUUGAUGUCGUGAUUGUGUGUGGAAUGAAUCUCCAGGUCUCCCUUUGCAAAAGUAACAUUUUGUCUCGGCGGGGUCGUCUCUGGUUUAAAUAAUGUCAUUUUUAUCGAUACCGGUUGUAUUUUUAAAGGACGCUGGACCAAUUGAAAUGUGUUUGUUUAAAUCUAACCCUACAACACAUUGAGGCCGUGCAAAUGCUGGGUUUUUUUAAUCUCAGAACAACUUAUAGGGUUUUUUUUGUUACUUAUAUUUGUCUUGCUUGGCAAAAAGUAAAAAAAAAAUGUAUGUGCUAUUGUUAAUUCAAUUCCACUACUGUACUCUCCUCUUGAGUACCAUACUAAUGCUGAUGAAUACUUGUGGUUAAUACUUGUGGCUAAUUCCCAAUAUGGGCUGUUGCUACGCCGAUUAAAUAGCCGCUUGUAUACGUGUUUUUAAAAUUUUGAGAGUAAAUCAUUAUUAUAAUUUGUCGUUUUUCCUAUGCAAAAUGACUUUUGAAUGUAACGGCCGGUGGGGCCGGUCGUUGUUUAUUUGGUGGAAUGUCGGUGGUGCAAAAUGUUAGCAACGCUGAUUCAUUAAAAAUAAAAAAAGCAUAAACAGG